AAAAAAUUAAAAUAAAAUAAAAUGGUGAUGAUGCAUUCGCCAAAAUCAGAUGCUGGACAACCAAGCAGUCCAGUGUCAUCGAAUAACAGUGAAAAUAAUAAUCGUGCGGAUAAUGUAUCGCCUCUUCCUUCAAAUCCCGUCGCUGUUCCAAUUCCCGUGAAAAAUAAAAUGCAAGAAAUUAGUCAUCCAAUUGCGAUAAAUCCUCUGCGUUUUCAAGCCUCGGAGCAUCAAGACGCGAGUGAAUCGAAACCCUUUGACAUAAAAAACCCCAAAUUUACGAUAAUCUCGCCGAGUAACAAGGAAAACACAAAUAUUCGUGCAAUCCCUCCAAGUGCGCUUUCCGUUCUCGGAUCCGCCGAACAUCCGCAUCACAUAAUUUUUCCCGAUCAUCUCCAUGCCCAUCCGCAUCAUCCGCAGCAACAACAACAACAAGAACCAAGUGCCAAAUUCUCGAUAGAACGAUUAAAACAACUCGCCGAUCACAAUAUAACGCGUCUCAGUCCCUCGAAUAACGACGAUAGCAAAUAUUCCAUUGACCAUACGAAGGAAUUGCCGCUGCCUCCGUCGUCUGUCAAUCAUCCGCCGUCAUCCGUAAAUGCCUCGACAAUUAUCUCGCCCGUAACGACAGUUCUAACGCCUACGUUGGGAAAUGCCUUAGUGCCGCCGCAUUCGCAAUUUGGACUCAAAUAUCUGACGGGACAUGCGGAUAUUAUGGAUAUGGAGAGAUUUCGGUUGGCACGCGCUGCAAUAAGUAACGGGAAGGAUUUGAGCGAUUUUGGCUUUAGGAUACAGUUGGGAGGAUUACAAACGAAUUAUGCACGCAGUGAUACGAGCGAAGAACUGAAUGUCGAUGGCGACGGCGAUAGUUCGCAGGAUGGCAAUUCGACAUGUCCCGUUGAUCUCACACGUUCCUUAGACCAUAACAACAAGCUCAAUAACGGGCAUCAUGCAAGCAUAAAUUUGCAUCACAAUCACUCGAGUUCUUCCGAUACCGAAAGUGAAAUUCCGCCAAAACGUCUCGCCUUCUCCGUGGAAAAUAUCCUCGAUCCCAACAAGUUUACGGGUAAAAAUAAGCUUGAAUUUACACAAAAUCACAACAACAACCGAAUAUGGAACGGAAGCGCAGCGUUCGAUAUGCGAGACGACAUGAGUCGAGACCGUUUCGACGACGAUCAAAGUGAAUCACAUUCAGGCAAGGAUGACAUGGAUCACGAUGAUAUGGGCGACGACACGAUGGGAAGUGAUAUGGAAGAUCAUAUGAGUGAUUCGGAUUCGAAGAAGGAAGGCGGAGAAGGAGGCAGCAAAGGGAGCAGUUCAAAGCCAAGAAGGGCUCGUACGGCAUUUACAUAUGAGCAACUCGUGUCACUCGAGAAUAAAUUCAAGACAACGCGAUAUCUCUCCGUUUGUGAAAGGCUGAAUCUCGCACUGAGUCUCAGUUUGACAGAAACUCAGGUGAAAAUUUGGUUCCAAAAUCGUCGUACAAAAUGGAAAAAGCAGAAUCCCGGCAUGGAUGUCAAUAGUCCGACAGUUCCUCCGCCAGGCAAUAACGGUUUCGGGCCCGGAUCGUAUGCUGGCAGUUUGUUGUAUCCACACGCUGUGCCAUAUGCGCCAUACGGUCCGUAUUUCCAUCCCUUGGGCGCACAUCAUCUGGGACAUUCACACACAUAG